AAUCGCUCUUUUUGACUUUCUGAGUAGCUCAGUAUUAUAACCCUACUUUCUUUGCGGUGUGGCUUCCGUAGUGUCUCUGUUUUUAUUGGAUUAUUGUGCUCAUCGGAAUCAAGGAGUCCCAAAGUAUUGUGAAAAUGGAAGAAGAGAAGACCAUAACCAUUGCUGAUAUGCUGAAAAGCAUCGAAAGAUACAAUCCGGAACAUCUCAAAGUGAUUGAGAAAUACGUGGAAGACCAGGCGAAAGACAACACGUACGAUUUGGAAGCAAAUCUGGCAGUGCUAAAGCUGUACCAGUUCAAUCCUCACCUCCUCAACUUGGAUAUCACCUACUUGAUACUACUGAAGGCUCUGACGAAUCUCCCGCACACGGAUUUUGUACUGUGCAAGUGUCUGCUGCUGCCCGCCCAGACUCAGGAUGAGACUGUAAAGGAGAUCAUGCACCUCGUGGACAUUCUUGAACAGUGCGAUUUCGCCAUGUUCUGGGCACGCGUGAAGCUCUGCCCGGAUUUGUUCCGGAAAAUCACCGGCUUCUUUGAUUCUAUCAGGAAGUUUGUUUGCCAUGUUGUGGGCAUCACGUUCCAGAGCAUUGAGAAGGAAUACUUGUAUCGUCUCUUGGGCGACAUCGAUGAUCACACAUUGGCAUUGUGGGUGAAGAAGUAUGGAUGGAAAGAUCAGGGAGAUCUCGUAUUUGUGGCCAAUCAGGAUGAGAACAUUAAGACGAAAAACAUUACGGAGAAGAUUGAGUUUGAGAAUUUGGCUCCCUUGAUGGCAACAUGCUUGUAAGCUGGACAUCAAAUAAAAGCCUUUUUCACUUA